AUGGCCAUGAGGGUGUACACUAAGUUCUUUUUGAGAAGAUCUGCGAGUUGGGAAGACUACACCUGUCUUCUCGCUUGGAUUGCGUUUAUCGGAUAUGCUGCCAUCGCCUUCGAAGCCGAUAAAGUGGGGAGCGGCGUUCACCAAACGGAGAUUGCUGAUGACGACCUCGUGAAAUAUGCACAGCUUGCCAAUGCAUCGCAAAUCAUGUACGGUCCGUUAAUCUUUAUCACAAAACUAAGUAUCCUACUGCUAUACCUCCGCGUGUUCGCCCCGACUAAAAAGAGCUGGAUGUACAUGUUUAUCCAUGUACUUCUGUGGCUGAACGCCGCCUUCUAUUUCGCCGAUACCCUUCUCGAAAUCCUUGCCUGCGUCCCUCGAGAAAAAAAUCUGGCACCCUGA